AUGAACAGACUGAGACAUAUUUUCCGUGAGAAGAGACGGAGGCAUGAUCAUGAACCAGCCCAACGCAGUGCUCCUCCGGAGCGUCUUCAGUUUAAUCUUCCUGUGGAUUUUCGCACUGCUGAUGUAGUCUACGCAGUGCCUCCAGUCCAAAUAUCUAUGCCGACGGAGAAACCUCUAGAUCCUCCAGUUCCGUUUCGGCAGCAGCGGUCUAAAAGUUAUCCUAACCUUGAUAUUUUUAAAGAGGCUCGUCAAAUUGGAGGAGAAGACGAUAACGAACAUGAAUCAAUUCCUGUGGAAAUCGUUGCUCGAGGUCCUAAGGCCCUCGAAGCUUACCAUCGAGCCAUCGAAGAAGGAAAAACUAGUGUGAAAAGAGUGCCAAUCAUGUUCAUUAGGCAAGGUCAGUCAGGAAAAACAAGUUUAAAGAGAUCACUUAUAGGAGAGGAAUUCAAUCCAGAAGAAUGCAGAACUAUAGGCAUCGAAACAGAUCCUUCCUAUUGUAAAGUAUCAACGGAAGUUUGGAAAAUGGGAGAGGCAACCCACGAAAGAGAUUCAAGCAUGGAGCCAAUCUCUUUUGAAAAACACACAGCUCAAUAUAUUGUUAACAGCCUCGAGAAAAACGAACGAAGAAAAGAACUCAAGCCUAGCCCAUCUCGUUACGACAAUGUACCUGAGAAGAAAGGAGGUCCGUCUUCCCUAAAUAAUAAUUGUGUAUCAUCCGGUGCACCAAAGGUUAAAGCCGUGCCAGAAGAAAUAGCAUCAUUAGUUACCAGGCUACUUCAAGUUGUGCGCGUUGACGAAGACAAAGAUGAAAUCUUUUCAACUUUGUGGGAUUUUGGCGGGCAGUCAGUUUAUUAUUCUACCCACCCACUUUUUCUAACAAGAGGGGCAAUUUACCUUUUGGUUUAUAAUCUCAACCGAGAUCCAGAGGAGAAGUCUAUAUCUCGAGUAAAGCGAGGACUAUUCAAGUCUAUCAAAGACGUUCUUUCUAAGAAGAGUAAUAUGGAUUAUCUCAACUUUUGGAUGUCCUCAGUUUCUAGUUUGGUUCCAAACAGUGAGAAGCCUCACGAAACCCCUUCAACUUCCAUGCAACCAGAACUUCUGCAGCCCCCAGUUAUUCUGGUCUUUACCCAUGCUGACAAGCCUCACAAAGGUGCAGAUCCUGAAGAGCUUGCAAGAGAGAUUUUUGGAAAUUUGAAGGAAAAAAGUUAUGGUAAACAAAUUCUGGACUUCUUUGUCGUAGACAACACUAAGUCUGGGAGUAAGGAAGAAUGUGAAGGGGUUAUUCGUUUGAGAAAAGGGGUGCUGGACACUGCCAAGAAGCUGCCUCAGCUGAAAGAGGUUAUUCCAAUCAAAUGGCUGAAGUUUGAAAAGGCUGUAAAAGAGACGGUUGAGCACGGAAGCAAAUGGAUUUACAUCGAAGAUGCGGAAAGAAUUGCACGUGAGGUAUGCGGAAUUUCCAACGAAGAGCAGUUUUUAGCUAUGUUGAACCUCCUACACGACCAGAGAAUUUUGAUUCAUUUUGACGACACCCGAGAGUUAAACAAAAUCGUUAUUUUGGAUCCACAGUGGUUGAUAGACGUGUUCAAGGAGGUGAUUACUAUUCCGCCCUUCAAGAAGAGUAAAAAGGAACAUACAGAACAGUGGAAAAAGCUUGAGAAAAGGGGAAUCUUGGAAAAGCGACUCUUAGAAGACUUGUGGGAUCCUCUUCUUGACACCCGAGAAAAUUUUGACGUCGACAGUCUUAUCAACAUGAUGGAGAAAUUUGGUUUGUUAUGCCCUUGGCCGUCGUCUGACGAGAGUGGGUCACCCAGUGAGUAUCUUGUACCUUCCAUGUUGAUGUCCCCCCCGAAGAAUGUCACCGAUUUGUUUUCGUCUGCGGGUAUUCCAUCCCUUUUUGUGAAGUUUAAAUCGGGUCAAUUGCCAAUUGGACUGUUUCCUCGCCUAGUCCUGAUGGUCAUGCAAUGGUGCAUGUAG